AUGGAAGACGAGCGUAUAGAAGAGCUGGGCUCUCUGACGGCCAUCUUCCCCGAGUUGAUCAUCGAUCCCACGAAGCCUUUCACGGCCACUCUCGAACUACCCAUCACACCUACGACUCCACUGCUGGCUCGGUUCAUGCCAACGGUUGCCUCCCCGACCGAGACCUACGCUGACGCUGCGACCAACGGCGCCGCCCACAUCGAGAAAGAUGUGCGAUUGACCCAACUACCGCCACUCACAUUACAUCUGGACCUUCCAGAGGCCUACCCCAAUGAUGCGCCUCCUCAAGUCAAGCUGACGACUCAGCAUGACUGGCUGCCGAAAGAGAAGCUCGCUGGACUUGAGGUGGAAGUCGCGACCUUGUGGGAGGAGUACGGACAUUGUCAGAUUCUCUUCUCAUAUAUCGACUACGUCCAGCAAGCUGCCGAGCGUGGAUUCGACUUCCAUCAGAGUUCUGAUGGCUGUCUCAUCCUGCCUGCAGAGCAAGAGUCGAAGCUGGUUGCUUUCGCAAUACAGAAAGAGCAGGAGACUUUCAACAAGGGCACCUAUGACUGCGGGAUCUGUCUUGAGCCCAAGAAAGGUUCGGCUUGCUAUCGUAUGAAGCGCUGCGGUCAUGUUUUUUGCAGACUCUGCCUGCAAGACUUCUACAACAACGCAAUCACGGAGGGCAACGUCACUGGCGUGGCAUGUCUCGAUCCUGACUGUGGCGCUCUUGACGCAGAUGGGCGAAGAAUGCGAGUGAAGAAGCAUCGCCUUGUUCACCCUCGUGAGCUUCUCGCCAUGGGCAUCGAGGAGAGCACGGUAAGGAGAUACGUCGAGAUGAAGCGCAAGAAGAAGCUGGAGUCCGACAAGACCACCGUCUACUGCCCAAGAACCUGGUGCAAUGGCCCGGCCAAGAGCGACAAGUAUCCACCCAUCCCCGCAGAUCUGACCACGUACGUGGACAAUGAGAUUUCAGAUGACUCGGAUGACGCGCCCGACAACAAUGACGCGCCUGCGAACUCUCAGGACUCCAAGAAGGCCAUCGACCUCGCUGACAGACUCGCCGUGUGUGAGAAGUGCCAGCUGGCGUUCUGUCGCGUUUGUUAUCAUGGCUGGCAUGGCCAGUACGUUCGCUGCUAUCCGAGGAACCCCGAUGAGCUCAGCGCCGAGGAGAGGGCCAGCUACGACUACAUUGCCAAGCACACAUCACCCUGCUCGUACUGCAACGCUCCUACGAGCAAGACGCACGGAUGUAAUCACAUGCACUGCACGCAGUGUUCUACUCACUUUUGCUACCUCUGUGGCUUCUAUCUGGAUCCUCAAAAUCCCUACUUGCACUUCAACACAGCUGGAACUACUUGUUACCAGCGUUUGUGGGAGCUUGAAGAGGGGGACGAUGGACAAGCGCCUAGAGAUGGUCAAGGGUUCCUUGGUCCCAGACAUUGGGAGCAGGAGGCUGCAGAGGCUGAUGCUGCUGAAGCCGAAGCGGCAGCCGCUCAAGCACAAGCAGAAGAAAACAAUCGCAUUCUAUUCCCUGACGUUCCAGAACCACCCCACAAUGACAUGCCCAUAAUGGUAGCAAUGGCACAAUUUGACUGGCUUGAUCUCACAGAUGAAGAAGACGAGCCGCCCAGGAAUGCUCGACAACGAGGCGCACGGCGGCAACGAAACGCAUUUCCUCAAAACGCUCCUGCUCGUGGUGGUGCGCAAGCGGUACGGAACCAUGAGCGCGGGAGAGGUGGUGGUCGAGGUCGCGGCGGUCAGGCUGGAGGCGGCAAUCGUCAGGACUUGGAGCAGAGACGGCAAGCGGAGCUGCAACGAUUUCUAGCCUUGGCCGAGCGCGAUGAAGAGGAGGGGUGGGACUCGGACGAGUUGGGAAAUGAUGAUGAGGAUUUCAUCAUUCCGAGGAGGUAG